AUUAGAACUACAUUUCCCAGAAGUCAGCGCGAAGAAGCACCCGUCAAUCAGAUGGCGCGCACGAGGUUAACAGUGACACCAGACUCAGCUGCAGGAUAACUGGCUGUCGGACAUUGUCACAGUGUGGAAUGGAGCAAAGGUCAACGUUUUCUCUUACAUGCGAGUGACAGCAUGUAGCACUUUAACUACCUUGUUAAAUGUUUCAUUUUCACCAUCUCAGUGUUCUCUGGCAUGGAGAGGCAGAAGAGUUGAGAGGAAACCACAGUUUGAUUAAAGCACCCAAAGCAAUUGGGUUCUUACAUUUCUUUCUUUCGUCCAGAAAAGGGAAUUUGGCAGCUUUUUGCAUCAAAACAAGCCCUCACAUGGUGAUUUGACACCGCAAAAAGUUACACUCUGCAUCAGAGAGUGGCCCACAAGCCAGCUGACAAAAUGGUAGCAGAUAACACAGGGGGUAAUGGGGACCAGUCCGAGGAGGAGAAAGAGAUGGACCAGACGGAGCAUGCAUCUGAAGACAACUGUGGACAAGAAAAUGGAGACAUAGAGAUGGCUGUCUCUGCUUCAGAGGUGCCAUCUCCCUCUGAUGGGACUCCAGAGGAAGCAAAGGAGCCCGAGAAACUGAAGUGGGCUGUGAUAUUCUUGUGUUUCUACGGGUUUAUGGCAUCGAUAAAGCCCGGGGAGCCCUUCAUUACACCAUAUCUACUCAGCCCUGAGAAGAACUUCACCAGGCAGCAGGUGACAAAUGAGAUCACUCCAGUGCUGACGUAUUCCUACAUGGCCGUGCUGGUGCCGGCCUUCCUGCUGACCGAUCUUCUGCGCUACAAGCCGGUACUGAUCAUCCAGGGCAUCAGCCAGGUGGCCAUCUGGAUCAUUCUGCUCCUGGGCACCUCCCUCAUCGAGAUGCAGUUCAUGGAGUUUUUCUACGGCAUCACCAUGGCGUGCCGUGUGGCAUACUCCUCCUACAUCUUCUCCCUGGUCAACCCGGUCCUCUACCAGCGAGUGGCCGGCUACUCGCGCACCUCAGUUCUCUUGGGGGUUUUCACCAGCUCUGUGCUGGGUCAGCUGUGCAUGUCCUUCGGCAACAUCAGCUUCUACAACCUUAACGCCAUAUCUUUGGGUUUCGUCAGCUUUGGUCUGCUGCUCUCUCUGUGCCUGCCGUGGCCCAAACGCUCCUUGUUUUUCAACCGCAAUCAGGGGCAAAAGGAACUGACCGUCUCGGUAGCCAACAAGUCAGAACUGGACAAAAUGAACCCAAAAGAAGGCGUCUUGUCCUCGGCAGCGCCCCUGUGCUCUGCGUCGCGCUGGAAGGAUUCUGUAUUUUUGCAGAUGCUGCUGGAGGUGAGAAACGUUUUGAAGAAGCCCAACCUGAGGUUGUGGUCCCUGUGGUGGGUGUUCAACUCCACAGGGUACUACCUGGUGCUGUUCUACGUUCACAUCCUGUGGAAUUCAGUCUACCCGGCCACUGAGAACAAGAAUAUUUACAACGGGGGAGUGGAGGCAGCUUCUACCCUACUGAGUGCGGCGACUUCCUUUGCAGCAGGCUUUGUGAAAAUUCGGUGGAAUGUCUGGUCUGAGCUGGUCAUCGGUGUCAUCACAGCAGUGCAGGCGGCUCUGCUGCUCCUCAUGGGCAACACAAAGAACAUUUGGGUGUGCUAUAUGUCUUACGUCCUCUUCAGAAGCUUCUAUCAGUUCCUGGUGCCUAUUGCCACUUUCCAGAUAGCCUCUUCACUCACCAAGGAGCUGUGUGCCCUGGUGUUCGGCAUCAACACCUUCUUGGCGAUCAUACUAAAGAGCAUCAUCAUCCUGAUAUUUUCUGACAAGGGAGGCAUGGGGUUGGAUGUGCACUCACAGUUCCUGGUCUACUUCAUUUACUUGGCUGUGCUUACUGUCGUCUACCUCGUCUGUGCUGCCGUGGUCAUCACCCGUCACUAUAGAAACCAGCCCAGCGGAGGAGGUGGGACCAAUGAUCAGACCACGCCCACAGAGCUCAGUCCUGUGGCUGCUAAUUCGGAGGAGGAACCUUUGUCGAACGGCAAAAGUGCCAAUGCGUAAGAACUAGGAAUGUGUCUUGACUUAAAUGACCUCUACAUCAACAUCUUAUCUUAUCUUUGACCCCGGUUUAGUCUACUUAGCUUUUCCGACACAGUGGGAUGAAUCAUUUUAACCCUCUGAUGUUGAUGAAGAGGUUUGUCCAGUGUUACCUGCUGAAUCACAGAAGUGCCUCGUCUGCUGCAUUAAGCUCCUACAGGCUGGAGGUCUUUUGUAUUUGUUUUGAUUAACCAUUGCACAAAAGAAAAGAAGUCAAUUCUUCUUUUUUUAUUUAAUGCAAAAGCAGUAAGUGGCACUAUGUUUUAGUAUUGUGGAGAAUCAUGUUGAACAUUGAGCGGGACCAUUAAUGUGAUGGCCGGAGUUUAGCUUGAUUUGUAUUUGUACAGGAAACAAAGAAGAAUAAUUUCAGUUGUCAGUAGGUACAGUAACUACAUGCUGAACUGUCCUGUUUCAGUGACAGUGUUUUUCCCCAUCAAACAAAGACUCAUGAUUACUAUGUGAUCUCUAAAAAAUUACUUUAGUCUGCAUUUUCAGGGUUGACACUUUUUAGUUUUGUACUUAAUGUUACAGCUCGAUUAUUGUAUGUUGGUGUCAUCUGAAAAGAAUUGGACCAUAUCAGUAUAAUUGCUUUUUUUCUCUGUGUUGAUAAUCAAAUGUUCACAUUUCACUUCAUUCGAGCACGUAAGCUGCACUUUGUAUGCAGUUUGUCAUUUAGUGUGGCUAAUUCUUAAAUGAUUGUAUUCUUGCUGUAAUACUGUUAACGUUCAUGUUUUGCUCAUUGGAAACUAGUUGUAAUGUAUUUAUCUGAUACAUUGCAACCGGCUGCAGAAUGUGAUGCUUAGGUGAAGUAAUGUUUAAGGACACUUUUAUGCACAUGUAUGCUGGUUAUGUAAGAAUGUGAUAUUUCUACUUACUGUUUAAUUAUCAACAGUAUCAAACGAUCAGUCACCAGGACGUUUGUUGUUUUUGUUUUAGGUAAAAGGGUGCCUACUUUUAUGUUAAUCAAAAACUGUCACAAGCAUUUGUGUUGGUCUUUUAGACAAUUAUAGGAAUGCAGUUUACUUGAUGUAACAGGAGCUACAGUGUAAACAUUCAGGUUUUUAAAAGAAAAAGUCAAUUUACUCACUUAAAAGAACACAUUUGACCCAAAUAAUAGACACAACAGUAGUUUCUGCAACUUUGGAUUAUAACUAAAGCCAGAAUGUCUAGGUUUUUUUAAAGUUUGAUUGAAAUUUUUUUUUUGUAAGUUCUUUUUAAGAAUUUCUAUUAAAUUUCUAUUACAUGACAACAAUAUUUUACAACAUAAAAAACAAAUAAAUGUAUCGAAUGAACUGUUCACAUAAAGAACAGUUACAUAACUAUGUUAUCUGGAUAAAGAGCUUUUACUAGAUAACUAAUAUACUAAUAAUAUAUACGUUUCAUAAGUGAACGGCCAACUCAGCCUUUGUGCAUCACCCCUAUUCAUCUCACUAAACAAAUAAUUGCUGAGAAAUGGUGUGACUGUGAACCUGUCUGAAUGCUGUAAAAAGAGGAAAACACUGACUUAAAUCAGAUGUUAAUUUUAUAUUCACAAAUAAAUGACAUUUGGUGGAUAAAAA